AUGAGUGAAACAAGCUUAAUAACUUAUUCUGAUAGAGAAAUGGAGUCAUCUCUUAAGGAUUUAUUAGAGAGGAUUUUGAUGUAAUUGGAGAAAUAUAUUGAGAAUAAAAAUGAUUUAAAUGAAGUUGAAUAAGAACUGAAUGAUUAUGAAAAUUUGACUUAAUUAGUAAAUAUCAUAAAAAUCAUCUUUACUAAUCUAAUGUUAAAAAUUGAUAAGAAAAUCCAGUAAUUAUUCAAAAUAUGAAAGGAAAUUAGAAAACAGUAUAGAUCCAAAUAUGACAUAAAAAAGUAUAAGAACAGAGGAUGAAUAUGAAAAAUUAGAAUAAUCAGUUAUUAAAUAUGAGAGUGAGAUAAGGAAUCAUAUUAGGGUAUUUAAUAAAUAUGAUUUGAACUUAGUUAGAACAAUAAUUGAAAUUAUAUACAGAAUCAAUUUAAUAAAAAUUAGAUGAUAGUGAAGCAACAAGAAAUGAGUUAUUAGAAACAACUAAAAAUAUUAUGAAUGUAUAUUGAAUUCAGAUAAUAAUAUAUUAGAAUUUGAAAAGAGAGAAUCAAAAAUAUUAUGAAAUAAAUUAAUCUUUGUAAACUGAAAUUAUAUCUUACAAAGAUAAGAUAGAAUUACUAGAGUUUGAACAAUAAAAAAGAACAAUUGAGCUUGAUCAUGUAGACUAUGAAGUUCAGUAAUUAACCAAAAAUACCUAAUAAAUAAAAGGGUUAGUUUAAAGAAAGCCAAAUAAUAAAGAAAUUAAUAAAAUGAAUUCUUAUUCAGAACAUAAAUUAAGCAGUUAACUCUAGGAAAGUACUGACUAUCCUACUUAAUCAUAAGGAUCAUUGAAAUAAAAUUAUCUCAAUAUUUUACAAUAUGGAUAGAAUAAUCAAAUCUAAUCAUUAUAAUAAUCAAUUAAUCAAUAAUAAGAUUAAAUCAAAAACUAUUAUAAAAAGCAUAAUUCGAUUUCUUCUAUUAAUGAUUUAAUACAAUAAUAAAAUAUGAUUAAAAAUAUUAAGAAAAAUAUAGGAAAUUAUACAGUAUCUAAAAACAAUUCCUAAAAUUAAUCUAUGUUAUAGAAAAAUAUUCAUUGUAAUUAUAUAAAUAAUUAUUUAUAGAAAAUAUUUAAACAUAGCCUAGAAGUAGAAGUGGUAGUGCUAAAAGAAACUUCAAUUAAAAAUAGAAGACAUCUAUUCAUUAAUGA